CACGAAAAAGAAAGCGUCUUUUCCUCGCCUCUUUCACGCCGUCAGCCCGUGAGCCAAAAUCGCUAGCGCGAUUGACAGCCCGUCCGGCCAGCUCAUCAAUAUUUCAGCCGGUGUGUUGCCGUGGCAACGGCGUUUCACCGCAAAGCAGCGGGCGGACGUCCGACGGGCGGUGCGGAACGUCUCCAGCUGCAGCUGCGCUGUCAGUAAGACAUUUUGCCGGUCGCCAUCAGUCACUCAUUCGGUCAUUAUUCACUGCCAUUAGCAGGUUGCUAAAUGCUAAUUUCAGGCGUGAGCGCCAGGUUGUUCGUAUCGGCCGUGAAGGGUGGCACCCGACCUCACUCUGCUUCAUUUUCCACACAAAGUCUGUUUUGAUUAUCACUACCCGCUUCCCGAACCAAGUCUGCGCGCGCUGUAUUACGAUGGAGUAGUCCAGGCGUCGGCAACCUUUGGUACGUGUGCCACAGGUGGGACUCUGGCAUAAACACUGGCACGGUGGGUGUUCAGCUGCCGAUGACUUUCCCAUUCAUUGUGUAGUAGGAAGACUUUAGGACCUGGGGUGAUGGACCUGAGGGGGCGUGCCGUGUCCCGCGCGGCGUAGCAAUGCAGGGAAAGUUUGUGCUGUUCGGCGUCGCGGUGAGAAAGCACCUCGGGAGAGGGGCCGGCGGAGUGAUUCCUCAGUGCUAGGCACCGCGGUCGCGGCCACUCCGCCGGCGGCCCGCCAUCUGAGACGGCGGAACCGCGCUCUCCCCUCUCUUCGAUUUGGUUUUGGGGCUGAAAAACUUCAAUCGGCACUCCCCCUCCGCACUGACGAUCGGUUCGCCGCUAAACUUGAGAGUUCUGGAGAGUCAACAUGGACGCCAAGCCAAGAGCUCAGAGACUCUCUGGUGGACAUGUACACAGAUAACCCUCAAGUGAACGCGGAACUGCGACGGCGACUUCCUUCACCUGGCCAGCGUCCACUGAGCCCUGUCCACAAUUCCGGUGCGGAAACAUCUGACGGGCUAGUGGUCCUUCAGGUUCCCAGUUCUAGCACCGUUCCCCUUCUAGCCCAAGGAAGGACAUCUUGCCCGGCGUCGUCCAGAACGUCGGCAGGCGUCGCGGACAUGGAGACGGACAGUGGACAUUCUCUACCUGGUCCUGAGACCUGGGAGGGUCCUGGCGAUCCGACACCAGGAGGACUCGAUGUCAGCAGCGGCCGUCGGGACGUCGCCGUUGGUCGUACGGCAACCUGCGGUCAAGCCCCGCCCCUGUACGUAGAAGACGACAAGGUGUCUCUGUUACUCCGAGAGUUGGAUGCACUGAGAGACGCCAACGAGAAGCUGCUCGACCGGCUGUGCCUGAAGGAGGAGGAGCUACAGAGGAAGGAGGUGGAGCUGAUGGUCAACACAAACGAGGCCAAAGCCUGGGAGAGAUCUUCAGAGUUCUUGGACGAGUUGUUGAGCGCUCGCAAGGACAGAGACGAGGCUAUGAUGUCACGAGUCCUGUUGGCCAAUCAGGAGCGAGAUGAGGCCUUACGACACGUCGCUCGACUGCAGCGGGCCGCCGAGUGGGACUCGACUGACAAGUUGCCACUUGGAGACGGUGACUUGGAAGUGGAGGAACUUGUUCAGCGCGUUUGUGACUCUGCCUCCGCGCAAGAAGUGGCUCGGUUCGGCUCGGCCCUGGUCGAACGCGUACGCUUGGUGAUGCGGCGCCGUCGCGACAUCGCCGCGGAGGAGAUGAAGGCCGUCAUGGAUGAGCGAGACGCCUCGCUCGCCGAGUGUCGACGUCUGCGACAGGAAGUCACGCGGGAGAGUGAGCGGACGGCGAACGAGCGACCUUCCGUUGUUUGCUCGCCGUCGACGUUCGACGCCUUCGCCGAGGUCCGCGGAACCUUCCGGACGAGCCGAGAAGAGCCGAUCCGACUUCGGCGGGAGCGAGACGCGGCCUCGCCUGACGGGAAGCGGCCGGAGGCGGAGCUACAGAUGCUGCGAGCCAAUCGCAGCACCCAGCAGAUCGUGAAGGCUCCGCACCGUGUUGAUGGGCAGCCCCGGACUCCGCCCCUUCUGGCUCAGCUGCAGCAGCUGAGCGAGGACAAGCUUCGUAUGGAGGCGGAGCUUCUGCGCUGCCGGGAGGCGGAGCGAGACGCCCGCGAGAGAGGGCGCAGGUUGGAGCGUCUGGUGGACGUUUUGAGGAAAAAAGUGGGCGCGGGGAGUCUGCGCGCCGUCGUCUGAUGGGUUGGAGACGCUCGAUCCGACGAUGUCAUCUUUUGUCACCGUGAUCAUCAUCAUCAUCAUGUGACUAAUGUUGUUCAUCAACAUUUUGAUUCCGUCGUAAUAAAACUCUGGGUUGUGAAGAAAAAGAAAAUGGACCCCCACCCCGCCAUUUUUUGUGGUCUCCAUGGCGAUGCUGGCCAGCUCGCGCUCAACUUGGGUGUCCCCACGCUCCUAAUCCCGCCGCACCCCUAAUCUGCUUGUUGACAACAAAGACCACCUUUGUUCACGCGCACUUUGGACGGCCGCCACCCGCGCGUGAACGUACUUGCGUGCGUUUCAAGCCAGAGUUAGGGUUUCAAGGAAGGGUUAAGGUUUCAAACGUGGGUCAGCAUUUUAAAUUAGGCUUUGAAGCCAAGGGUAGGGUUUCAAAAUAGGGUUUCAAGACUAGGUAAAGGGGUUAAAAAAGGGGAUAAGGUUUCAAAUGAGGCUGUAAAGCAAAGGUCAGGGUUUCAAAAUUGGGGUUCCAGUUGAAAAAAGGGUUAAGGUUUCUAAGCAGAGUUUGAAACCCAGUUUAGGGUUUGAAAUUAGGAUUUGAAGCCUGCGUUACCGUUUCAAACCUCGGUGAAGCUUUUAAAAAAGCGUUAAAAAUUCAAACAUGACCAUUUAUGGUUUUUAUUUAAUUCCUUUUUCACACUGAGGUUUAAAACCAGUAGAAGGUUUUAAAUUACAGUUUCAAGAUAAGGUUAGGGUUUGAACUCAAGCCAGGUUUCGGGCUUUGAACGUUGUUUGCUUAGUUUUCAAUUUGGAUUUCAAGUCAGGGUGAAGAUUUCAAAUUAGGGUUUCAAGCCUCUCAUCUAUCAAAAGAUAAGAUUUGAACUUCGGGUUUGAAGCCUGCGUUACGGUUUCAAAUAUAUGUGUGUGCGUGUUAUUGCGAAAGGAGGCUCUUUUAUUGUGAAAGGUUUCUUUGCUCUUUUGGGGUUUGUUCACAAUGCUGCGAUUGUUGUCUUAUUGCACGACAUUCAUUCCAGUCCCCAUCAAAGCCCCCCCGGGGACCCCCCACCCCCGCCCGCCCUCGGCGGCUCCUUCAAAGUUUGCGUCCAGAAGGUGCAUGCGGCCUUUUCUUAAACGACGCCGGGGGCCGCCGCCCGGGCCCCGACGGGACCAUAUGCUCGCUUUUAAGGCCGCAGCCCCCUCAGACAAUCGCCGCAGCCCCCACCCCCCCCAACCAUCCAUCCAUUUAUUAGUCCACACUUGUACCUUCGCUUUCCAUCUGCACCACUUAUUAGGAAUACGAUUUCUUUUCUUUUUUUUUUUUUUUUAUGAUUAUGAAAACAAUUACAAGUCGACAUCCCAGAAUAUUCUUGCGAAUAAAAACUAAUAAAAAUGGCAAAUUCGCAAUUGCAUUCCCCCCCCCAUAAAAGACCAUUUCAACAUUUUAAAUAGAAAAUAAAACAAUUCCAUAAACGUAAUUUUUGGGGUUCUUUAUUUGUUAAUGUUUGACAAAUUGAAUUAAAGUCUAAAUAAACCCCAUAAAUGUUAUCGAGUCAAAUUCAAGGAGAAGUGCGGAUGUGUAAAUAUUUCGUGGUCCUUUAAUUCAAAUGUAAUUCAUUUUGUAUUAUUUCCACAGAACCGAAAAUAAUUUCAAGUAGCUCAGCACAACUAAUGUAAUUAUACCAUAUUGUAGUACAUUGUAUUCAUUUAUAUUAUAGUCAAGUAAAUGUCUACUUUAUACAAAUAAAUGUUAUUCACAGUGUGGAUGGAAUCUUUUUGAGUGCCACCGAAAUGUGUUUGUGUGUAAAUGCAUCCAUCCAUCCUCUGUAUGGAAAGUGUGUAUAUAGAGUAUGCUACAUACUCCAUUGUGUAUAUGCACCAUAUAUAUAUAUAUAUAUGUAUAAUGUGUGUGUGAACAUUUUCAGUUGGCCUAAUGACAAAAAAAGUCGUAUAAUGAUUGAAGGUUUUCUCAAUGGAUGACCUCAUUGGUCUUGUAUUGAUGAUGUCAUAAAUCAAUGAUUUCAAGCUUGGAUGAUUUAUUUUGGAAAGAAUAAGUUAAAACAUGCAUAAAACACACAAACCUGCUUUUUAUUUUCUGCUGGAAUUGUUUUUUUUGUCAACGUCAUGCACACUAUUUGAUCUUCACGUUGUUGAGCCAUCGUCGUCGUCAUCGUGCGCAGCGGUCGCGACCCCUGCUCAGUCCACAGCAACCUCUUCACCUUUCACCUUUUCAAAUGUCAUGCACAUUUUUUUUUUUUACAUCAGAAAGGCUGACCUUUGAACCUUUUGGGGAAGUUUUGUAGCCCAUUGCAUACUGCAUAAAAAUGACCCUUUUUUUUAAAAACAGAAUAAAAAAUGUGCCUUUUCCCAAAA